CGGUCGGCCCGCAGCCCCCCCCGUCGCCGCGCACUGUAUCGAAAUGGCCGAUGAUAACGAAGACCUGCAGGCAGAUGAAGAGCUCCCAGCUCCAGCUGAGGACAGCUUUGAGCAGCUGGAGAACGACAGCCCUGCCGAGCGCAGCGGGCACGUGGCAGUCACUGAUGGACGGUGCAUGUAUGUCUGGGGAGGCUAUAAGAAUGCUCAAGUUAGGGGAUUUUAUGACUUCUAUCUGCCUAGAGAUGAAAUAUGGAUCUACAACAUGGAAACGGGGAGAUGGAAGAAGAGUAAAACAGAGGGAGAUGUUCCACCUUCCAUGUCUGGAAGCUGUGCCGUGUGUGUAGACAGAGUGGUGUACCUCUUUGGAGGACACCACGCACGUGGCAAUACAAACAAGUUCUACAUGUUAAAUUCCAGAUCCACGGACAAAGUGCUGCAGUGGGUCAGAGUAGAGUGUCAGGGGAUACCCCCUUCAUCAAAGGACAAACUUGGCGUUUGGGUUUACAAAAACAAGCUAAUAUUUUUUGGAGGCUAUGGUUAUUUUCCUGAAGGGAAACAACGGGGAACUUUUGAAUUCGAUGAAACCUCUUUUUGGAAUUCAGGUCUUCCUAGAGGGUGGAAUGACCACGUGCAUGUUCUGGACACUGAAACUUUUACUUGGAGCCAGCCUAUAACUACGGGUAAAACUCCAUCACCACGAGCAGCUCACGCCUGUGCUACAGUUGGGAACAGAGGCUACGUGUUUGGUGGCAGAUACAGAGAGUCCAGAAUGAACGAUCUUUACUAUCUGAAUCUGGAUACGUGGGAGUGGAAUGAAAUAAUCACGCAAGGCAUUUGCCCAGUUGGCCGAUCGUGGCAUUCUUUAACGCCAAUUUCCUCAGAUCACCUCUUUCUCUUUGGAGGAUUCACCACUGACAAGCAGCCAUUAAGUGAUGCCUGGAUUUAUUGUAUCAGCAAGAAUGAGUGGAUACAGUUUGAGCAUAACUAUUCUGAAAAACCAAGGCUGUGGCAUACCGCUUGUGCAAGCGAAGAGGGAGAGGUGAUCGUCUUUGGGGGCUGUGCCAACAACUUACUUGCCCAUUCGAAAGCUGCUCACAGUAAUGAAAUACUUGUGUUUUCUCUACAACCAAGAUCUCUUGUCAGGCUGUGCCUCGAAGCGGUCAUUUGCUUCAAGGAGAUGCUGGCCAGUUCCUGGAAUUGCCUCCCCAAGCACUUGCUGCACAGCGUCAAUCAGCGGUUUGGAAGCAACAACACCUCGGGCUCCUGAGCCCUCUGCAGCCAUCGCUGACCAAGCUGUGCGUGGAUGAGCAGCUCUAAGAAGAUGUAAUAAUCCUACCCAGUGUGGCAAACAUGAAACUUGUAUAGGUUAAAUAUCCGUAUCGUUGUAGGUAGUAGCUUCUUUGCCUUUACGUUGCAUGUGAAUGGCCUAGAGAGAACCUAUUUUUGUGUAAAGAUGUUUGCAAUAAAUGUAUUUAAUGCAAGUGGAGAUGUAGCCUGUGCUUAAGCUAAAACUAGUUCUGGGUUUGUCCACCUUGAAGUACGUGUGAGGGCCAGCCCCAAGCGAGGAGAUGGGGUGUGCGUGUGUGGAAAGACUUGUUACGGAGUCCCUAGUCGAGGACGUGAGGACUUUAGUGGUUGUGUGGGAAAUACUGAGGCACACACCAUGACUACUGAAGAGGAGUGUUGCUUUAGUCUAGGCUGAAGAUUGCUGUGACAGGUGAGCAGUCCUGUUUUAGUCUACAGCAUUAGGAAACCAUCUGCUUAACAUUUCGCCACAAAUGCUUAAGGUCAGAGAAAGGGGAUUUGGAAAUUCUAUGUUGUCAGAGUUGAUAAACUGUCGUAAACCUUCAGAUGUUAAAGCACCACUACUCUCUGCUUGUUUGUAGUUUGGUUUUUUGGAACUCUUUAUGUUGUGGAACUUCAAUUGUGAACCUUAGGUAGCAGAUAUUCUGCCCUGAGAAGUGUAAGUGAAAGUGCUUGAGCCUGUUAGCAGCCGUGUCAGUAACCUGUGGAGCUCACCUACAGCUGGAACAGCCUGCAGGACUUCAGCUUGGUGGAAGUACGCCAGUCAGUGCCCGCCGUCGCUGACUCAGCGCCAUCGUCAGCAGCCCCAGCAGGUGACACUGGGGACAAGGAAGAGGCUGUGCUGCUGUGGGGAAGGGGUGAAACCAUGUUUAAGCUGUCCUCAAAAAAAAAAAAAAUUAAAAACCUUGAC